UUUACAAACUAUAUAUAUUUUAUAACAGUUUAUAAGAUUUUCUCUGGACCAUAUUUAUCAGUUUAAUUAAGUCAUUAUUAUUUUAAUCAGCGAAGUCGAUUCGGUGUCGAUAGUAUAUUGUUCGUCUUCUUUUUAAACUAAAUAUAUGUUCUGCGCGCGUGAAUAAUAAGUAUACGGUAUAACAACAAAACUCGUGACACGAUUUCAUGUCAAACUGCAACUGUCAAUUUUAAUGUACCAUUUCUCAGUACGUUUUAAUUCAGAAGAGAAUUCGCAUUUUAUUCCAUUUUUUUCAUAUCUUGUGGUGAAUCGAUAAAUAUACUUGCAUUGAGAAACAAAAGUAUCUGUCAUUAGACGGUACGGGAUGCUUUUUGAAAUAUACGUUGGAAACUGUCAAUUUACAAAGACGUUUAUCUUUCUUCUGUUCAGUGAAGACAUCUUCGGUAUUAGCGAAAAAGUAGAAAAGUGUCAUUAAUGUCGUCCACAUGUUCAUCCUCGCUUGAAUUGCACUUUCGGAGCGUGAAUGGCGAUAGAAUAAAGCUGAUAGACAAAAGCGUGAAAGCUAAAAAUGUUAUGAAAUUCGUCUUGUACAAAAAUGUAUAUUUAAACGCGAAUGCGACUUUACUGUUGCUAGUUGGAACGUUCUUUCUAUGGAAUGCAUUCAAUAUCUUCAUACCACUUGUCGUGUCGAUUUUAAUAUUAACACUACAGUUCGUUAGCUUCAUCACAUCUGUAAAUAAAGAUUGAAGGAAUUUCUGUUUUACAGAUACAUUAACAGUCAUUGAAUUUGUUGGUAUAUACACCGAAGGAAAGGGAACAUUUUAUGGCUUGACAUCGUGCGAAUUUAUUCCUUGGGACACAGUGGAAGAUAUAUUUAUCAAUGAAGUUAUAACAGGAGUAAGCACAAUUAUAUUCCACUUGUUUUCUGACACACGUUUAACAUCUGCUUUGACUUUCAGCAAAGAGUAUUAUAUUAUCUCACAGUUAUAGUGAAGGAAUCGUUCGGUGAAAAGGAUUCCAUAAGAUUGGUUCCUUUGUUUAAGGAUCUCGUACCAGAGAGAAAAUGCCUGGAAUAUAUGUACGAAAGGCUAACUGGAUCGAUUGGACCCAGAGGGAGGAGAACCCCAACUUAACAGUACCUGGUUCUUACUGGCUGUGUCACAAGAAUGACAUAUACAAAUUUAUUUUUAGGUACCACCGUUCUAAUAGGAAUGUAACGGAGUUUGGUUUUGGUAAAGAAUUAAUGAAAGUGAUUAGGAGGAUCAUAAAGAAUCCACCAGCACAGGGGCAACAGUUUAGUACGAGCCACCUUCUAAUUACCUUCAAUCUAACGUGGUGGAACAAGCAGGAUAAACUUUUCGCGCUACUCAAGUUUGACGAGCGCUCAUUGAACACGUUUUCUCAUGCAUUCAUAUUAACUAUAAAACUAAACAGUCCGUCUGAUUCAGGACAGAAUUUGAAAUGCCCUCCAAUCGAUCACUCUUUCCAUUACCGAGAUCGGGACGAAGAAAGUGUAUGUACGAACAAAGAUACGAAUAAACUUGAUAACAAUCUAAAUGUAUCAUUUGAGACACCCGCAACCUCCGAAAAUAAUGUAUCGUUAAACGAUGAAAUAAACGACAGUGGUUCAUUGGUGGGUGAGACGAGUUAUUCAGAAGAUGGAAAUGUCGGAUCAUCUUCAAAGAGAGAUCGUGCAAUGGACGACGAGGAGAAAUCGAACCAACAGGAUGCAAAAGAAGAUGCUAAUCAACAAUUAAUCGGUUCAAAUGCUAGUAGAACGUUGAAUGACGAUAAUAAUGUUGACUCUGCUAAUCUACCGUAUCAGUAUUUAAUAGAAAAAGAAAUAGAGACUACGGGACAAAAUGUGAGAAAACGUAAACUCGGAGCAGAGGAUAAGACGGAUACUAAAAAUCAUGCAGAGUCACAGCCAGAUAGACAACUGCAAGAUUUGCCUCACUCUAAGAAGAGAAAGUAUGAACUAGACAAUUCUCAACGAUCCUCUGACAUUACAGAUUUAGUGAUGGAAGGAUUAAUGUUUACAAUCCGUCAGGGACAGGACACUGUCGCCGUCAUAGAACAAAAGACUGAACUGGAAAUGGACGAAGUAUUAGAGAAUUCGGAGAAAAUUGAAACGGAGGAGGGUGAAAAACGUUUACGAAACUCUAGUUUACUCGGCAUGGAAAAUCUGAUAACGAUGAUUGAAUCCCCAAAUGGAAAUAAAUUUGAAAGUAAACGUCGAAGCGUAAUCGCUCAGUGUUACCCUUGGAUGAAUCGAUCGUUAGAUAAUAAAGUUAAUGAAUGCAGCGGCACGGCUGAUUUAAAACAUGCACAACAGCAAACUGCCGACGACUCUGCCUUAGUUGGUACGAGCAGUGGUUACGCAGAACCUCGGGAAUAUGUGACACCUAUGGGAGAAGAGAAAGGAGAACGUGAAGAAGGGAAGCAACAGGUUGAGCGAGAACAAAGGGAGGCGAGAUUAGAAGAAACGGAAACUGCAGCGGAAGAAGACGAAGAUAUCAUACCCGAAGCAUUACAAAAUGAUGACUUACAACCUUAUCUCCUACAACCUACACCGCGACACGAUCAUACGAAUCGUAAAAAUCUAUCAACAGAUGAAAUGAAUGAGUCAAUGAAUAAACAAUUAGAGUCUGUAAAUAGACCGAAUUCAAGUAAUAAGAGAAGAUCCAAAAUAAAUUCUCCAAUAAUUAUUUCAAAUCGACUUAUUACCGUCAACGAGAUACCUUCCCCGUUACGAAAAAUAUUGAAAGAUAGAUUAACAAUGGAAGACGUUCCAUCGGACAAUCAAAAUGAAAUGAACAAAGCAAACACGAUCGAUAUACAGGAAGAACAACCACGUGGGGAAGAGGAUAAGAUUUGCACUGUACAAUUCGAAACUGAUGUUUCAAAUACUCCGCGCACAGACCGGACGAUUGUGAAUGAUGAUAAAGAUGCUGAAGAGAAUGAUGAGAGUAAACUAUCUGCGACGUUAGAGCCAGAAGCAACAGUUUCUAACACGACGGAAGAAAACGUAAAGCUAAACGAAGAGGAAUCAGAAGAAGCGAACAAAGGUGAAUGUUUGUAUUCAGGUGAAUUGAAAAAUAUUACAGAAGACUUUCACAAAAGCAUGGAAUAUUCGCAGAAAAGACGCAAGAUAAUUGAAAAGUCUCUUAGACCAAGAAGAAAAUCAUUACAUUUGCAGAAUGCCACCAAUGAUUGCGAGAUGCAUGUACAAAUGUCAAAAUUCUUUGAAGACAUUACACGGGGUGCCAAGGUCCUUGUAAAACGUAUAGACCUAAAUAAAUGUUUAUGACUUGAAUGAAAAUCGAUAGUAGGUCCUUGUGCAACGUGAACAUGGAUUUCAUUUUUAACAACAUUGUAUGAAUAUUUAUGAACAAUUUAAUUUAUGAUUGGAAUAGUUGAUAUUAUUUUACGUGUAAUGCAACUGUAAAUAAAUCAGAAAUGAGCAUGAAGCUAUUUA